AAAUAAGAAAUUACCGAAUACAAAAUGGGAAUGCAACCUCAAGGUCUCAGUAUAGAGUCCUUCCAAGUUUCAAUGACAAACGUUCCUGGCUAUCGGACAACAGAUGGUUGAAGAACCAUGAGAGAAAGCAUCGCUCAUAAAAGUAGGAGAAGCCAUCCCAGAAGGCCUAACAAGAUAAGAUUGAAUAGAUCGGGUCUUUCUCAUAAGCCACUGUCCACAAAAAUAGUUCAUAUUUUGAUUCCUUUAUUAAUCAUCAUACUUACUCUGAACGAGGUGAACUGUGCUCUAACAUGUGAGCCAGGCAAAUUCAUGGAGUAUGGGCAUUGUUUUGACUGCCAUGGAUCAUGCAAAGAGUGUGAAACUUAUGGAGAAUGAACCCAAUGUCAAGAAGGAUUCACCUACAAUGAUACUAUAAAAUUGUGAGAUUACCAAGAUUGUCCCCUUGGAGAGUUUUACUCAGUCACGAAGGGGCGAUGUGACACCUGUGAGGAUAGUUGUAAUGGGCUUUGAUCAUACCAAUCUCAAUGUUUUGAGUGCUCCUCAGGUGAAAUCCUUAAUUUGAAAAAUAUGACUUGAGUCACUGAGUGAGACACUUCCGCACAGAUAUUGAUUCAGGAUCCGCAACUCAAAGAUAUCCCUGUAUGCAGAGACUUUAAUUACUUUGUAAAUGCUAAUAGCGAGAGCCCUGUUGAGGUUGGAACCCAGCAACAUCCUUAUAAAGACCUAGAGUCAGCAUUUGUUGAGAUCCUCAACUAUCACAGUCAUAAUGCUAGAAAUAUUACUGUUUAUGUCAUGGAAGCAACUACUGUGUUCGCCAAAAGUGUUACAUAUGUAGUCAAUAUGACUCAUGUUCAAGUAGAAGCAUACAACGAAAACAAUGCUGAGCUUGGCCUUGCCAGAAUGGUAGGGCUUGAUAACAGUACCAAAAUUGUAGCACCUGCAAUGCCGACCAAGUUCAAUAUCUUAGAUAGCAAAAAUACCCUCGAUGAUGAAUUAAUAUUCAAUAAUUCUGGGUUUAACACUGAGGAUAAAGUAGGUCUUCAACUAGAGAGUGCAGUUUUCAAGCCAUUCCAUUGAGGGUUCAUUCUCAAGAACUUCAGAAUUGUAACUAAUUAUGACAACCCAGCAACUUCUCAUGCUAUUCUGGAGCCCUACAGAGCAGAUAUCAGAACUGUUGGAAUGAUCAAUGUUGAUAUGAGAAUGCAAGGGACAGUUCUUUUUGCUGCAACAGUCACAUUCAAUUGGCACAUGGAGAACAUUCUUGUCGAAACUCAGAACUUGUACAGGUUCAGUCUGACAAGACUGAGAUGAGGAGACGACCAAACAGAUUUGGGAGUAAAGCUAUUUUUCAAAAAUGUCACAUCUAUCAACUCAGCCACAAAGCCGGCUUACCUCCACAUCUCAGAGUCAUUUGCUAGAAAUUCAAUUCCAGGAGAUUUGCACUUUGAAGAUUGUUAUUUCGAUACCUAUCUUGGGUAUGACAUGCGUGUUGGACAGUUUAUCAUCUAUCAAAACACUGAGAACUGAGAUCCUUUAGAACCCAGACACUGGAAUUUCACUAAUGUUCAUACUACUACUUCAAGACACGAUGAGGGUAAAGAUCCUCAAUUUUCAAGAACAAAUGUGUUUGGAUUCCUCAGAGUUGCUCCAAUUGAAGCUACCUUGAAUGUGUAUCUCAAUAAUGUCACCUUCUCAAAUGACUCGAAUGAUUGGAUUGGGCGUCUAGUCCCUUUCUUUGCUUAUCACACAAUUAUUCAUGCUAAUGGACUCCAUUUUAUAAAUUCUGAAGGAAUUAUGAUGAACUUUAUGAACAUCGAUGGUUCAGCUAUCAACAACAUAAGUUUUGAAAAUUGCACUGCUAAUACAGCGUUCAUGUCAUUCAUCAACUCUGCUGGGCCCAUUACUUUUGAUGGAGUCACUAUUAAGAAUAUGACUGAUACAGGGGCUCAUCUCACAUCUUUGUUCCAAAACAUUAUUUAUGAAGAUGCAAACUUUUCUUUGAAAAACUUGAAAAUUGAAGGUUCGAAGUAUCUAAAUCGAAGAGCUGUAAUUUUUGCCACAGGCACAUCACAGAGUACAUACCUUGCAGAGAAUAUUGACAUUAAAGAUUCUGUUCUUAGUGGAGGGAGCACCUUUGUGAGUUAUAGUAUCUUCAAAGAAGUAAACAUUACUAACGUCUCUUGCCUUAGAGGCACAAUUCUCGAAGAAGGCACUAAUUUUGUGCUCAAAAGCGAUUACACAAGUGAGGGAUCAUCUCCGAAUAACACCCAAACCAUCAAAAAUGUUCACAUUGACGAGUCCACUGUAUCGAUCUAUUCAGUAUCAAAUCCAGAUUCACAAACAAAUGUGACUCAAUCUUUGAGUAUCUCUAAUGUUACUUACGAGAAUUCUUCUUCAGAUUACUCAUUUGAUUUAUUCAAGAUCUUCAAGAUGUCCACUGUUGGCACCUACACAGUCACUAUUGAGGACGUAUCAUUCAGUAAUCUAACAUAUGCUAAAGAAAGCAAGCUCAUGUAUCUUCAGCAGCAGCUCAAAAGCCCAGUUGUUAUCACAAAUCUGAAUGUUUCAGAUGUUAUAUUUGCUGGAAUUACCAUCGAGGCUUUUGAGUCUAAUGAGAUCUACAACAAGACCCAUGUGGCAAUUACCAACAUGAAAGCCUCAAACGUAGACGGAUAUUCAAGGUCUCUGAUCAACUUGUAUAAAGGAGCCGAUAUCGAGAUUAUUGACUCAGAGUUCUCAUUUAUUGGUAACUAUGCCAAAGGAGCAGUUCUCUCAGGUGGCAGAGACAGAGCAGUAGCCACCUUUAUCAACUCCUCGUUCUGGAACAAUACUUCUGUUGAGGGUGGAGUCUUUUCAACAGAAUCUGAGAGUAAUGUCAAAUGAUACAACUGAACAUUCACAAACAACUUUGCAAUCUCAGGAGGUGUUGUCAAAGUUGACGCAGAUGGAAUAUUCGAGUUUUAUAACUCUACUAUCGAGAAAAAUUAUGCCCUUGCUGGUGCUUUUUCAGAGCUAUUUUCAUCACAGACAGAAAGCAUCAUUAAUAACUGAAGUGUUACAUCUAACUUUGGUCUGACAAAAGAUGAGAUUGCCACUGAUAUUCUACCUCAAGGUUACAUUUAUCAAACAUUCAGAGAUUACCUAGGAAACAACUCAUAUUUGUAUGAAUAUGAUGGACUCCAGAAUUGUAUCAAGAUGAUCAUUGGUCAACUUGUAAUUACAGAUACUAUUUUCCGCAACCAACAAUAUGUCCUCUCAGCUACAGGUUCCACUAUCUCUGUUCUAAAUUCCUCAUUCAUAGACAUCGAUGUAUCUUCAAGACUACUUCGAAUAAGUGAGUCUGAUAUCUUGCUCGAAAACACUACUUUGUCAAAUCUAACUUGCAGGACAGUUUCAGAUGAGCUCUUCUAUCUCAUUAAGGCAAAUACGGAGUUUAUUACAUUAAAUUACUCAAACUCAACUUGUAAGCUGAUAAACUCAGGACUUUCUCAGAUUUACUUAAAGAGUGCAACUGUGAGAGAAGUUUCAUUGACUGUAAACCCACUGAUUGUGCUAUUAAACUCUCAAAGAAACGAGACUAAUAACGCAGGAAGAUACAUACCUACAUCAAUAAUUGCUUCUUCGUUUGUGAAGGUGUCAACAACAGGGGAAAAUCUCAUUGAGUUUAAGAGCUCAAAGCUAGUAGACAUUUCUAAUACGAGCUUUGUUAAUAUAAACUCUCAAGUGCUAAAAAUGGACUCAUCAGCAGUUGACAACAUUGAAGAAGUUAAUUUCAUCGAAAACAAAGGCUGUAUUUCUGCUACUAAGUCCACCAUCGAGCUUAUGCAUAGUUCUCUGUUCGAGCUUUGUGGUGAUAUUAACACAGUUAAUGGAGGAGCAAUGAGACUUAUCAAUUGUAACACACAAAUCCAUCAGUCUGAAUUUGUCAAAAACAAAGCUGAAAUUGGAGCCGGUCUCUCCAUAGAGUGAGAUUUUGGUCAAAGCUGUGUCAAUAAUUUUACAAAUUUGACUUUCAUGAAUAACUCUGCUACUCAAAUGGGUGGAGGAAUUUACUACAACCUUGUACGUCCUCUGAUGCAAAAUAUUACUUACAGAGACAACCUAGCAGAAUAUGGAGCCAAUAUUGCAAGUUAUGCUGUAAGAAUAGUCCAAUCUGGAACGAAAGAAAACAAAAUAUAUCUUUCCAGCGUUGCCAGUGGGCUCAAAUAUGAUUCUGUGCUAGCAUUUGAUCUUGUAGAUUAUGAUGACCAGAUCAUGAACCUAGAAAGCUCAACUAGCGUCAAAAUUUUGAUCGAAGACCCUGGCAUUUCUAUCAGAGGAGUUGAUUUCGGAAGGCUUACUAAUGGAAAAGCAGAGCUUGACAAUGUUUACUUUAUUGGCACAGCUGGGUCAAGUAAUCACACUUAUAAACUGACUUCGAAAAGUAUUAACUCUAAGAUCAUUAGUUCUAUUAUUGGGAACUCUGAUGGGAAGUAUGACAACUUCCUUGAUGUUUCGUUCAGGUACUGUAAACCUGGAGAAAUUCAAACCAGCAAUAAUGAAUGUGUAGAAUGUAAAGUUCAAACUUACACAUUUGAAUGGAACUCAACUCAAUGACUCAAUUGAAUGGAAUCAGCCACCUGUCUCGGCAAAGAUGAAAUUGAAGUUGCUAAUGGCUAUUGGAGAAAAUCUACCAACUCUUCUAAGAUCAUUAAGUGUCUCAAUGAAGAUGCUUGAAUUGGAGGCUACCAUCCUGAGAAAAAUGACCAUCCUGUCAAAUGUGAGGAGGGAUACAAGGGAACUCUCUGAACAGAAUGUGAUAUUGUUGAUGGCACAAAAUACCAACCUCUUACAAAUUUUAGGUGUAGUAAAUGUCCUGACCCUGUAUUUAACGCAAUCCGAAUUACAGGAGUAACCAUUGCAGCAUUUAUGUUCUUGAUGCUUUUGAUUUACAUAAACCUGCAUAAAAAGAAAGAGAGCGAAAUCUCGAUUCUUUUAAGAAUCUUGACUAAUUACUUACAUUUGAUUUCAGCUUUCUUCUCAUUCAACCUAACUUUGCCUUCAAGCUUUACAAAUAGUUUCUCAUUUAUGAAUAGAGUGUCUUCUCCAGAUGAGACAUUCUUCUCUUUUGAUUGCUUUAUUAAUGAUUAUGAGAUAAAGCUUUUUGCUCCUAACAAUGCUUUGUUCAAGUUAACUCUGUAUAUUUUCUUCCCGUUGAUAAUGAUCGCAGCCAUCUUCUUGCUCUUUGGUACAAUUAGAGUCUGACACGAGAUGAUCAAAUACAUCAAAAGGGAAUGGUUCGAUAGAAAUGUUUCAAGAGGUGCUCUUUUUGAUUUCAAACGUUCUAUGAUUGUAUCAAUGAUUUGCAUUAUUUUCUUGUUUCAUCCAACACUUAUUGUGAAGUCACUAUCAAUGUUCCUAUGCACAGAAAUAGACGAAGGAGAUUCCAGAAUGACACACCAUUUAGAAUAUCAAUGAUACUCUUGGGAUCACUGAAAGUGGAUUCUAAUUGUAGCUCUCCCAACAAUGGCAAUUUGGGUAUUCGGAUUUCCCCUUUUUGCCCUCUGGAUCCUCAUCAAAAACCGCGAAAAACUUGACCAGCCCCACAUGCAGAGCUACUUCCUCAUCCUCUACCAAGGUUUCCGUAAGGAGACUUUCUACUGGGAGUUUAUCAGUGCUCUUCGUAAGUUCGUAAUCCUCAGCAUCCACUCUCUUCUCGACAGGUUCUCUGUAGUGUACACUAUCCUUCUCUCCUGCGUAUCUCUGGUCUUCUUUUAUUACUUGCAGAAGAAGAUUAGGCCGUACAAGCUUGAUGACAAUAACAGGAUUGACCUUGUGGCAGUGACUAUUGGGAUCAUCACGAUUUAUUCAGGCAUUAUAUUUUCGCUGGGUGAUGAGAGUUAUAAAGGGUUCUAUAUGGCAGCUUGGGUGGUACUUGUGUGGUUUAAUGCGUAUUUUGUACUAAACUGGUUCUACCUCCUGCUACUUUCUUUCGAAUGAAGAAAUGAUAAGUACCUCUUCCUUGUAAAUUUACUUGGGUGAAUUCUGUUCAGAAAAAGAAAAAAUCAGGGCGACAUAAAACGUCAUUCUGUAAUAUUAAACAGUGGACUAAGAUCAUUUGCAGUUAAAACUCACAAGAAACUUUCUAAGAAGAAAAAAUCAAAAAAGAAAUUUUCAAAAAAGAAAAUCCUCAAACGAAGACACAAGAAACAAAUUUUCCCCAGAAAGCACCACUCGCACAAACACCACCCCAAGCAUCACCCCAAUCUCCACAAUCACCCCCAUAAGCCAAAAUCCAGCCACCAGAUCUCAAAAUCCCCUACGUACAUACCCUCCUCACCCUCUAGGCCUGAAGGAGUCUGGCAUAAUGACCCAAAUUUGGAUGAAAGCGCAGAUCAUAAUAUGUUUGUGUUGAGAAAGGUGCCGCUUGGAGAUGAGAGAUUAAAUAAAGUAGAUAUUAUACAUGGAGUGUUCCCUCCAAUUUCUGAAGAAAUAGAUCCAUCUGAUGGCAAAUAUACAAAGUGAAAGAGAAAUUAUGAUCGCAAAAUGGAAAUACUUGAAGAAGCUAAAUUUGACGAUGACUACUAAAUAAAGAGUAGAAAGAGAGAUAGCCAAGUAGAUAAUCCAAAUCUAUAGAGAACGACAUUUCAAAGUUGAUAGCUUCUGUGCUAAGAUAGUCUUGAAUAGUAUCAGCCUCAGGCAGAUUACUUUAGAUUGUUCUAAAGCUUAACCUCUCUGGCAUAAUAUCUCUCUAAUUUCCCUAUAAUAGGC